CAGGGUGCGGCUCUGACUGGAGAAGGUGAGCGCACUGAUUUCUGAGAAGAGUCAGCUAUGUCACCUCAUCCCAUGCACCUAAAAGACGGCAGAUUUUGACUCGAACACGAGGACCAGAAUUAUUAAGGUGGGAUUUUCAAGAGGGGACUUCUGCUGGUAAAAUGAUCCACUUCCUGUUGUUGUUCAGCCGCCAGGGGAAGCUGCGCCUGCAGAAAUGGUUCAUAACGUUAAGUGACCGGGAGAAGAAGAAGGUGAUCAGGGACAUGAUGAUGAUGGUGUUGGCUCGUCCAGCACGUUCCUGCAACUUCCUCCAUUGGAGGGACCUGAAAAUUGUUUAUAAGCGGUAUGCCAGUUUGUAUUUCUGUGCUGGUCUGGAGGAGCAGGAGAACGAGCUGCUCACACUGGAAGUAUUGCACAGAUAUGUGGAGCUGCUGGAUAAGUACUUUGGAAAUGUCUGUGAGCUGGAUAUCAUUUUUAACUUCGAGAAGGCCUACUUUAUCUUGGAUGAAUUCCUGAUGGGAGGAGAAAUUGUAGAACCUUCCAAAGCAGCAGUGGCUGUGGCAAUGGAGGAGUCUGACACACUCCAGGAGACAAUGGAGGAGUACAUGAGCAAACCCGUCUAUUGAGCCAGCAGAAGAUAAGAAUGUCCCAACGCCUCACGUAAUUUACUGCAACGUUUUAUAUAUAAAUAUGGUAAAUGGACUGCAUUUAUAGAGCACAUUUCCAUCUGCAUCAGAGGUUUUACAAUUAUGCUUGCGAUUCACCCAUUCACACAGACACA